GCACGUCAGCCUCCUGUACAUGGUAUUCGCGACAACUACACGUCAACAUUUUCGCUAGUCUAAAGCUUCUUACUACUUUAUGAAUUUAUUUUAACAAGCUUUCAGAGGUUUCCUCUUCACAAUCGGGACUUGCUUUAUCAAAGGGAAAAUGAAUGCAAAGAGUCCGCGGAAUACCAGGACAUAACGUCAGAGCAGUGGGGUAAUCGGAUUUGAUUGUUACAUAGCUGUCUGUAGUAUCAGGGGUGUAAUCAUUACUUCAAACAGUUGUUCUGUUUUACAACGAAAACAAGCGUUUCUAUUGGACAUGUUCAGUAAACAGGGAGGGACCUACCUAAAUAUGUCCAAUAGAAACGCUAGUUUUCAUAGCAAACCAGAACGUUUUGUAACUGUUUAGAGUAAUGAUUACAGCCCCAGGUGGUAACGUUGUUGACAGUAUAAUGAAUGGAUCAAGGCAGGAGUAGUAGGUCAUUGUCAUCCAUAAAUAUAUGGUUGUCAUCAGCCAACCCUUGUUGUUUGUGCAUGCUAUCAAACAUAACAGUCACUUAUCAUUCGUUGGCAAGGUCUUGGCAUAAAUCUGUACUUUUUACUAGAGAGCCUCUAAAACAUUGUCAAAAAGGCAAGGGGUCAGGUUUUAUCCCACUAAGCAUUUACUGACAGCAACGUGUUUUGGAAGUCUUUUUUUGGUCCUGCCCUGGACCAGCCAUCUUUUUUUGGUGCAGUCCAGACAGGCCUUUACUUCAACGUCCAAGGACGUUGAUGUUUGGUUCAGAUGUUGUCCGGUCUGGACAAGAGGUCUUCAUGGAUCCACCUGUACCCGAAUACAUGAUGCAGGGUCCGGAUGGAGGAUUCUAACUAAUGUCAUGGGUCUGGGUCGGAUCUGAUAUGAUUGUCAAAGGUAUGGGGUAUGUGUAAUUUUAAUUGACUUGUCCGGUAGGGACCAUAGAGAUCGAACUCGACUGCUGCAGUAGAGAGAGAGAGAUAAAUUGUAUAAUUAAUGCUGCUGCUCUUGCUUUUUAUGAGUGGAGCGUGGCACGUGUAGCUUGUUGUUGUUGUUGGCCAAUCAUAAGUCAUCAAAACGGCAGUAGGCUACAGUCAUAGAGCCUCUGUGUGUGUCAAAAGUUAGAAGAUAUCUAAUCAAUGGAAGAUGGAAUUAAAAGUUAAAGGAGAAGGAUAGGCUACAACGACCAACUGCUACUUAAUAUUCUGAAUGGAGUUCUUGUUAUUUGUAACUGUAGGAUGAGAAAGGGCAUGCACUGCAGCCUCAAUUAGCCUAGCUAGCUAACAUUAGCUGGCUUAACAAGCUUCUCUCGGUUUGAUGCAGUCAAGCAGGUACUAUGUAAUCAUAUUUGAUGAUAAAUAACCUAGCUAUGGCAGCUAUUAGUCUACUAUAGCGGGAGUUGGUUGGUUGGUUGCUGUCUCAUCUCUCCCUCCCUCCUCCCUACUCCCAGUGUCACUCGCUGACAGUACGGCCCCUCCCUAGCCUGCUAGAGCUGCACCUCUCUCUCCCACCUCUUGUGCUUUAUCAGCUCCUGUUAAUAAAGUAGCUUAAAAAAUGACUUUUCUGCUGCUUCCCUCGCUCGGCUCGGACCGGGUCUGGAUCCGACCAGGUCUAUACGGAACAGGAAUAGUUGUCCUCAGGUCCGUUCGGAAUGGGUCUCAAUAUUUUACAAAUUAAUUUAUGCAUAUCAAGUCCAGGUGGGAAUGCCCCAGCGGGUCCACCUUUUUGGACCCGUGAAGACCUCAAGUCUGGACCGGCCUUGAUUUCAACGUCAACAGAUGUCCGGGUCCGGUCCUGACCGGCCUAUAUGGCGCAAACAUAGACUUUGGACAGCACAGUACAGUAGUAGCGGUGCAUGGGUAAAAUCACUGGGGAAGCCAAGCCAGGGAAAAAAGCCAUAUUACAACCUACAGUGGGGGAAAAAAGUAUUUAGUCAGCCAACAAUUGUGCAAGUUCUCCCACUUAAAAAGGUGAGAGAGGCCUGUAAUUUUCAUCAUAGGUACACAUCAACUAUGACAGACAAAUUGAGAAUUUUUUUCUCCAGAAAAUCACAUUGUAGGAUUUUUUAUGAAUUUAUUUGCAAAUUAUGGUGGAAAAUAAAUAUUUGGUCACCUACAAACAAGCAAGAUUUCUGGCUCUCACAAACCUGUAACUUCUUCUUUAAGAGGCUCCUCUGUCCACUCGUUACCUGUAUUAAUGGCACCUGUUUGAACUUGUUAUCAGUAUAAAAGACACCUGUCCACAACCUCAAACAGUCACACUCCAAACUCCACUAUGGCCAAGACCAAAGAGCUGUCAAAGGACACCAGAAACAAAAUUGUAGACCUGCACCAGGCUGGGAAGACUGAAUCUGCAAUAGGUAAGCAGCUUGGUUUGAAGAAAUCAACUGUGGGAGCAAUUAUUAGGAAAUGGAAGACAUACAAGACCACUGAUAAUCUCCCUCGGUCUGGGGCUCCACGCAAGAUCUCACCCUGUGGGGUCAAAAUGAUCACAAGAACGGUGAGCAAAAAUCCCAGAACCAGACGGGGGGACCUAGUGAAUGACCUGCAGAGAGCUGGGACCAAAGUAACAAAGCCUACCAUCAGUAACACACUACGCCGCCAGGGACUCAAAUCCUGCAGUGCCAGACGUGUCCCCCUGCUUAAGCCAGUACAUGUCCAGGCCCGUCUGAAGUUUGCUAGAGUGCAUUUGGAUGAUCCAGAAGAGGAUUGGGAGAAUGUCAGAUGAAACCAAAAUAUUACUUUUUGGUAAAAACUCAACUCGUCGUGUUUGGAGGACAAAGAAUGCUGAGUUGCAUCCAAAGAACACCAUACCUACUGUGAAGCAUGGGGGUGGAAACAUCAUGCUUUGGGGCUGUUUUUCUGCAAAGGGACCAGGACGACUGAUCCGUGUAGAAGAUGAAACGUGGCUGGGUCUUUCAGCAUGACAAUGAUCCCAAACACACCGCCGGGCAACAAAGGAGUGGCUUCGUAAGAAGCAUUUCAAGGUCCUGGAGUGGCCUAGCCAGUCUCCAGAUCUCAACCCCAUAGAAAAUCUUUGGAGGGAGUUGAAAGUCCGUGUUGCCCAGCGACAGCCCCAAAACAUCACUGCUCUAGAGGAGAUCUGCAUGGAGGAAUGGGCCAAAAUACCAGCAACAGUGUGUGAAAACCUUGUGAAGACUUACAGAAAACGUUUGACCUGUGUCAUUGCCAACAAAGGGUAUAUAACAAAGUAUUGAGAAACUUUUGUUAUUGACCAAAUACUUAUUUUCCACCAUAAUUUGCAAAUAAAUUCAUAAAAAAUCCUACAAUGUGAUUUUCUGGAGAAAAAAAAAUCUCAUUUUGUCUGUCAUAGUUGAUGUGUACCUAUGAUGAAAAUUACAGGCCUCUCUCAUCUUUUUAAGUGGGAGAACUUGCACAAUUGGUGGCUGACUAAAUACUUUUUUCCCCCACUGUAUGUGUUGUGAUAAUUGUGUUCUUUGCUCUACAACCUGUUAGUUCAAAUGACACUGUGAUAUAUAGGCCUAAGGCCAAGACAAUAAGAAGACAAAAGUCACACAGUGGCAGAAUCAAUUCAACCCACGUUUGUUUCAUCCCAAAACCGGAGAACAACAUCUGUCCGGUACAGUCCACAAAGCAUAUUGCAUGUAACAAACAGUUACAUGACCAACAGCAUGGUCAAACAAGUUUAAUGUUUCCGACAUUUUCGAACUACUAAACAACUAUUGAUUUAGAACCACAGAGAGUUACCGCAAUUCGCAAAGAAAACAGGAGCUGACUCCACUAUUCCAGCACCAUUUCAUCUUCAACAUUUCAACAUCAUUAAAUCACCUAUGCUUAGUCAAAUACAGUGACAACUUAAAGAUACCAAAAAUGAUUUACUCCAAUCAACAUAAGCUAAAUAUGAUGUGGCUGUCCAUGGUUCUGAUUUCUGUGUGUGUGUUUGCCUGCAAGUACAAAAAAACAUGUUGACCCAUCCUACUAGUAGAGGAACGCCAAUGCCAUCCUCCUCUCGUUCAUGUUGCCGAAACGGUCUAUGACUUUGUCAUACAGUACACGCUUUUAGUUUUUGUUGUCCUAGGCUACCUGGCUAAAAUGAUUGUUCGCUAGCCUAACUUCCUUUCAUGAUCAACAAUGGGCCAGCUAGUUAACAUUAGCCUACUACAUCUAGCUCCAUAUUAAACUUCCAUCCUCUCAGGCCAGGGGAACAAUGUAUGAAUGUAUAAUUUAGUUGGAUCAGAAUUGCCGUUAUAUUCAUUGGCCAGUACGGAGAAUUAAGAAAAACCAGUCCAAAUACAUCCAUGGCUAAUUUAGGAAAGGGACCAUUUUAGAUAGGUAGCUAGCCACCAGAGGACAACGACACAACGAGAUGCAACAAUUCAAGUUUUUUCUGUCAAUUACGUUUUGCUUUAGAUGUGAUUUAAUUGGUGUGAAGCCAAAUCCAAACUGGCUUCCCUUGACACUUUUUUUGGGUGCGCCAAGACAUUUACAUUUUUACAUUUUAGUCAUUUAGCAGACGCUCUUAUCCAGAGCGACUUACAGGAGCAAUUAGGGUUAAGUGCCUUGCUCAAGGGCACAUUUACGUCAUUUAGCAGACGCUCUUAUCCAGAGCGACUACAAAUUGGUGCCUUCACCCUAUAGCCAGUGGGAUAACCACUUUACAAUUAUACUUUUUUUUUUUUUUUUUUUGGGGGGGGGGGGGGGGGUAGAAGGAUUACUUUAUCCUAUCCCAGGUGUUCCUUAAAGAGGUGGGGUUUCAAAUGUCUCCGGAAGGUGGUGAGUGACUCCGCUGUCCUGGCGUCGUGAGGGAGCUUGUUCCACCAUUGGGGUGCCAGAGCAGCGAACAGCUUUGACUGGGCUGAGCGGGAACUAUGCUUCCGCAGAGGAAGGGGAGCCAGCAGGCCAGAGGUGGAUGAACGCAAUGCCCUCGCCUGGGUGUAGGGACUGAUCAGAGCCUGAAGGUACGGAGGUGCCGUUCCCCUCACUGCUCCAUAGGCAAGCACCAUGGUCUUGUAACGGAUGCGAGCUUCAACUGGAAGCCAGUGGAGUGUGCGGAGGAGGGGGGUGACGUGAGAGAACUUGGGAAGGUUGAACACCAGACGGGCUGCGGCAUUCUGGAUGAGUUGUAGGGGUUUAAUGGCACAGGCAGGGAGCCCAGCCAACAGCGAGUUGCAGUAAUCCAGACGGGAGAUGACAAGUGCCUGGAUUAGGACCUGUGCCGCUUCCUGUGUAAGGCAGGGUCGUACUCUCCGAAUGUUGUAGAGCAUGAACCUGCAGACCAUUCACAGUUGAGCUCACUCAGUUUAGCUCAACACUGAUUGGCUAUAAUAUAUAUUUUUUUUUAAUAUCAAGGGAGGCCAAAUGCUUGCAGGCUUCCAUUGCUGUUGAAUUCAAUGCUACGGGCAGCAACAAUGUCAUACACUUUUUGGUCAGACAGCAUCAGAUACAUGGGCUACACAUACUGAGACAGAGGGGCGCUGUUUCACUCGAUAAGGUACUUUCUCCGGUGAGAUACAUUCAGCCUAUUGCAAAUUGAAGGAACAUUUUGAAACACAGAGAUUAAAUAAAUAUGUUUUCCUUUUUUUUUCUUUUUUUCUUGGUCAAUUUGUUGGGGAAGCCUGGCUUCCCUUGGCAUCCAUGAAUACAUGCCACUGCAGUACAUCACAAUACAGUACAGUGGAGCACAGGAGAGUACAGUACACAGUAAGUAAAGAAAAGUAGAGUAUAGUACAGUAGAGCAAAGUAUAGUGUACUGUAUUGUACCCUACUUUACUCUAAUAAUAAUAUGCCAUUUAGCAAACGCUUUUAUCCAAAGCGUUUUUUUUUUGUGUAUGGGUGGUCCCGGGGAUCGAACCCACUACCUUGGCGUUACAAGCGCCGUGCUCUACCAGCUGAGCUACAGAGGACCACAAUGUACUCUAAUAGUGGUUCCCAAACUGUGCGGAGUGCCCCCUAGUGGGGGCGCGUGGGGUCGGCAGGGGCGGCGCGUGUUUUCUUUAGCAUUAUUUUUAAGAAACUUACCCCGGCUUUCCACUUACUUUUGAAAGUUGUAAUAGUAGAAUGCACAAGGUGCAAUUUCGAAAUUGGGUAGUGCAUCAUCAGUUUUCCUUUUGUCAUGUUAGUCAUUCCAUACCUUAGAGAGCUACAGUAUUUAUAACUUGUCAGAAAUGUCCAGAUCAACAAGCCCAUGUUAGCUAAUGUUUUUUAGCUAGGUUUUUUAGCCCAUAGAUUUUGUUGUAAUGUUUGAGUCACUCAACUAUCACAUGAAUACACAUUAGACAUGGCAAAAUGUAUAGCAUUGCAAGAAAAUGACCUUUAAAACUGCAACAUUUUCUCUGCACCCCAUGACAAAAUGUGAAGAAUUGCAGGAAAUAAGCUUUAAACCUGCAACAUUUUCUCUCCACCAAAAAGAGGGGUGUGAACAAUUUGUGUCAUGAAGUGCUUGUACCCAAAUAAAUAGAUGGGGCGCGGAAUGUUCUCCAAUGCUGGAAGGGGGGCCUGAAUGAAAAGGUUUGGGAACCCCUGCUCUACUCUACUGAAAUAAACUGUACUGUACUGUACUCUACCUAAUUAAACUGUACUGUACUGUACUCUACCUAAUUAAACUAUACUGUACUGUACUCUACCUAAUUAAACUAUACUGUACUGUACUCUACCUAAUUAAACUAUACUGUACUGUACUCUACCUAAUUAAACUAUACUGUACUCUACCUAAUUAAACUAUACUGUACUGUACUCUACCUAAUUAAACUAUACUGUACUGUACUCUACUGAAUUAAACUCUACUGUACUCUACUGAAUUAAACUCUACUGUAUGUACUGUACUGUACUGUACUCUGCUGUAGUCUACUCUACUGAAUAAAACUAUAUUGUCCUUUACCAUACCAUACUGUACCGUACUGUACUGUACUCUACUGUGCCCUACUUUACUAAACUGUGCCGUACUGUACUGUGAUGUUCAAACUUGUGAAACAUAGCCUAGUCGUCUAUGAUUCUAUCAGAUUUGGAUCUGGUCUACACCGACCAAAUGUUUACUUGUUUGGGGGCGGAGCUCAUUAAAGAUUAUACCCAGCAUGAUUUGCAAGUGUUUGUUUUAAAAUGUACAUUAUGGUCAUUUAACAGACGCUCUUCAGUCAGUGCAUUUAACUAAGGGAAAUAAACAAUAACAUAUCACAGUCAUAGCAAGAAAACAUUUUUAUGUAACCGUUACUGACAAUGUUAUUCUCGUUGAAGUGGCCUGUUGGUUUAUUCUGUAGAUUGGACUACUUUGAACACCAUCGCUGCCAGUUUUAAAGCAUUUGAAAAAGUUAACAUAAGUGCAUGUGACAGAUGGGAGCAAUAAUAAAUAUUCUGUUACACUCUUCAGUUGGCUCGUCUUCCCUAUAUUAAGAGGCUUGAAAAAAUAUUAUUGUGAUAUAAUGCUUACUUUAUUGAGAAUGUACACUAACAUUCAAAGGUUUGGGGUCACUUAGAAAUGUCCUUGUUUUCUAAAGAAAAGCAUUUUUUUUGUCCAUUAAAAUAACAUCAAAUUGAUCAGAAAUACAGUGUAGACAUUGUUAAUGUUGUAAAUGGCUAUUGUAGCUGGAAACGGCAGAUUUUUAAUGGAAUAUCUACAAAGGCAUACAGAGGCCCAUUAUCAGCAACCAUCAGUCCUGUGUUUCAAUGGCAUGUUGUGUUUGCUAAUCCAAGUUUAUCAUUUUAAAAGGCUAAUUGAUCAUUAGAAAACCCUUUUGCAAUUAUGUUAGCACAGCUGAAAACUGUUGUGCUGAUUAAAGAAGCAAUAAAACUUAUUGAGACUAGUUGAGUAUCUGGAGCAUCAGCAAUUGUGGGUUUGAUUACAGGCUCAAAAUGGCCAGAAACAAAGAACUUUCUUCUGAAACUCAUCAGUCUAUUCUUGUUCUGAGAAAUGAAGGCUAUUCCAUGCGAGAAAUUGCCAAGAAACUGAAGAUCUCAUACAACGCUGUGUACUACUCCCUUCACAGAACAGUGCAAACUGUUUCUAACCAGAAUAGAAAGAGGAGUGGGAGGCCCCGGUGCACAACUGAGCAAGAGGACAAAUACAUUCGAGUGUCUAGUUUGAGAAACAGACGCCACCCAGGUCCUCAACUGGCAGCUUUAUUAAAUAGUACCCGCAAAACACCAGUCUCAACGUCAACAGUGAAGAGGCGACUCCGGGAUGCUGACCUUCUAGGCAGAGUUGCAAAGAAAAAUACAUAUCUCAGACUGGCCAAUAAAAAGAAAAGAUUAAGAUGGGCUAAAGAACACAGACACUGGACAGAGGAAGAUUGGAAAAAAGUGUUAUGGACAGACAAAUCGAAGUUUGAGGUGUUCGGAUCACAAAGAAGAACAUUUGUGAGACGCAGACCAAAUGAAAAGAUGCUGGAGGAGUGCUUGAUGCCAUCUGUCAAGCAUGGUGGAGGCAAUGUGAUGGUCUGGGGGUGCUUUGGUGGUGGUAUAGUGGGAUAUUUGUACAUGGUAAAAGGGAUCUUGAAGAAGGAAGGCUAUCACUCCAUUUUGCAACGCCAUGCCAUACCAUGUGGACGGCGCUUGAUUGGAGCCAAUUUCCUCCUACAACAGAACAAUGACACAAAGCACAGCUCCAAACUAUGCAAUAACUAUUUAGGGAAUAAGCAUUCAGCUGGUAUUCUGUCUAUAAUGGAGUGGCCAGCAUAGUCACCGGAUCUCAACCCUAUUGAGCUGUUGUGGGAGCAGCUUGACCGUAUGGUACGUAAGAAGUGCCCAUCAAGCCAAUCCAACUGGUGGGAGGUGCUUCAGGAAGCAUGGGGUGAAAUCUCAUCAGAUUACAUCAACAAUUUGACAACUAGAAUUCCAAAGGUCUGCAAGGCUGUAAUUGCUGCAAAUGGAGGAUUCUUUGACGAAAGCAAAGUUUGAAGGACACAAUUAUUAUUUCAAUUAAAAAACAUUAUUUCUAACCUUGUCAAUGACUACAUUUCCUAUUCAUUUUGUUAUAUUUCCUAUUCAAACUCAUUUCAUAUAUGUUUUCAUGGAAAACAAUGACAUUUCUAAGUGACCCCAAACUUUUGAACGGUGUAUGUGCAGUUGAAAUUUGGCCAUAAAAAUCAAUGACCGAAAAUACAUAUUUUCAUCUGUAAAUUCCGUAUUUUCAAUGUCCGGAAAAUACGUAUUUUUCACGUCUGGAAAAUACUUAUUUUUACCUUUCACUCGGCACCUAAAAUGCACCUGAUUUCAACGUCCAGAAAAUACGUAUUUUCAACAUCCGUAAUAGACAUCUUGUCAAUGUUCAGAAAAUGCAUAUUUUAAACGACUGGAAAAUAUUUAUUUUCAAUGUUCUGAGAAUACAUAUUUGCUUACUGGGAUGUUUCUGCAAUGUUGACAGUUGCCAUCAUGCUGGAGCAUGCCAGUGCCAAUGCAAGACAUAUUACAGUUUGCCCUAUGUCACUGUAUCUAGCAAGCAGGAUUGUUGUUGGUUUGGUCCAUGAUAUGUAAGACUAUUGAUUACCUUUGUGUGGAACGUGUUAUCUCUCUUCAGUGUAAGACACCACAUCCACCACCACCAUGCCAGAAGGGGAGGUACGCCAGAGGAAGGGGAAGUCCAAGAAGUCCAAGUCAAAGGGCAAGGGGAAAGGCCAAGGUGGCAGUGCCAGCCUAGAUGGGCAAGAUGAGCUGCCAUUAUUGCACCCUGUCCAGCCCGUCAAGAAGGCUGUGGAGGAGAAGGUGGCCGUGGCCAAGGUGGAAGAAGAGUCGUCCAUUUUCAUCGGUCUCCAGGUGGUGUUCCCCUACCUGCUGGCUGGGAUGGGGAUGGUGAUGGCUGGGAUGGUGCUGGACAGCGUCCAGGUGAGUGCUCCAUGUUGUCUUGAACCCUGAUAUCCAGCCUUCUCAUGUUCAAGUGAAUACGUUACAUGACUAUGAAAUAGACUGUCUUACAGUAUAUACAGUAGGCAGUCACUGACGCUUACUCUGUUGGAUCAUUUAUCAAAUAAUAAUGCCAAAAUCUUGGUAUGUCUAAUCUUAUCAGUAUUUGAGGACAUAAUUCAUACUUCCAAAGGAAUCAAGUGUAUUGACACUUAAAUAUUGAUUCUUAAAAAAUAAAUGACCUUCCAAACAUCCCACUCAAAUUGGUUAAAAUAAGGCAUUUGUUUUGCCAUAAUUUACAUUUACAUUUACAUUUUCGUCAUUUAGCAGACGCUCUUAUCCAGAGCGACUUACAAAUUGGUGCAUUCACCUUAUGAUAGCCAGUGGGACAACCACUUUACAAUAUUUGUUUUCUCUCUUUUUUUCAUUGGGGUGGGGUAAUGGGGGGUAGAAGGAUUACUUUAUCCUAUCCCAGGUAUUCCUUAAAGAGGUGGGGUUUCAAGUGUCUCCGGAAGGUGGUGAGUGACUCUGCUGUCCUUGGCGUCGUGAGGGAGCUUGUUCCACCAUUGGGGUGCCAGAGCAGCGAACAUUUUUGACUGGGCUGAGCGGGAACUGUGCUUCCGCAGAGGUAGAGGGGCCAGCAGGCCAGAGGUGGAUGAACGCAAUGCCCUCGUUUGGGUGUAGGGACUGAUCAGAGCCUGAAGGUACGGAGGUGCUGUUCCCCUCACAGCUCCGUAGGCAAGCACCAUGGUCUUGUAGCAGAUGCAAGCUUCAACUGGAAGCCAGUGGAGUGUGCGGAGGAGCGGGUUGACGUGAGAGAACUUGGGAAGGUUGAACACCAGACGGGCUGCGGCGUUCUGGAUGAGUUGUAGGGGUUUAAUGGCACAGGCAGGGAGCCCAGCCAACAGCGAGUUGCAGUAAUCCAGACGGGACCUGUGCCGCUUCCUGUGUAAGGCAGGGUCGUACUCUGCGAAUGUUGUAGAGCAUGAACCUACAGGAUCGGGUCACCGCCUUGAUGUUAGCGGAGAACGACAGGGUGUUGUCCAGGGUCACGCCAAGGCUCUUUGCACUCUGGGAGGAGGACACAACGGAGUUGUCAACUGUGAUGGCGAGAUCAUGGAACGGGCAGUCCUUACCCGGGAGGAAGAGCAGCUCCGUCUUGCCGAGGUUCAGCUUGAGGUGGUGAUCCGUCAUCCACACUGAUACAGUGGGGGAAAAAAAGUAUUUAGUCAGCCACCAAUUGUGCAAGUUCUCCCACUUAAAAAGAAGAGAGAGGCCUGUAAUUUUCAUCAUAGGUACACGUCAACUAUGACAGAAAAAAUGAGAAAAUCACAUUGUAGGAUUUUUAAUGAAUUUAUUUGCAAAUUAUGGUGGAAAAUAAGUAUUUGGUCACCUACAAACAAGCAAGAUUUCUGGCUCUCACAGACCUGUAACUUCUUCUUUAAGAGGCUCCUCUGUCCUCCACUCGUUACCUGUAUUAAUGGCACCUGUUUGAACUUGUUAUCAGUAUAAAAGACACCUGUCCACAACCUCAAACAGUCACACUCCAAACUCCACUAUGGCCAAGACCAAAGAGCUGUCAAAGGACACCAGAAACAAAAUUGUAGACCUGCACCAGGCUGGGAAGACUGAAUCUGCAAUAUGUAAGCAGCUUGGUGUGAAGAAAUCAACUGUGGGAGCAAUUAUUAGGAAAUGGAAGACAUACAAGACCACUGAUAAUCUCCCUCGAUCUGGGGCUCCACGCACGAUCUCACCCCGUGGGGUCAAAAUGAUCACAAGAACGGUGAGCAAAAAUCCCAGAACCACACGGGGGGACCUAGUGAAUGACCUGCAGAGAGCUGGGACCAAAGUAACAAAGCCUACCAUCAGUAGCAUACUACGCCGCCAGGGACUCAAAUCCUGCAGUGCCAGACGUGUCCCCCUGCUUAAGCCAGUACAUGUCCAGGCCCAUCUGAAGUUUGCUAGAGUGCAUUUGGAUGAUCCAGAAGAGGAUUGAGAGAAUGUCAUAUGGUCAGAUGAAACCAAAAUAUAACUUUUUGGUAAAAACUUAACUCGUCGUGUUUGGAGGACAAAGAAUGCUGAGUUGCAUCCAAAGAACAUCAUACCUACUGUGAAGCAUGGGGGUGGAAACAUCAUGCUUUGGGGCUGUUUUUCUGCAAAGGGACCAGGACGACUGAUCCGUGUAAAGGAAAGAAUGAAUGGGGCCAUGUAUCGUGAGAUUUUGAGUGAAAACCUCCUUCCAUCAGCAAGGACAUUGAAGAUGAAACGUGUCUGGGUCUUUCAGCAUGACAAUGAUCCCAAACACACCGCCCGGGCAACGAAGGAAUGGCUUCGUAAGAAGCAUUUCAAGGUCCUGGAGUGGCCUAGCCAGUCUCCAGAUCUCAACCCCAUAGAAAAUCUUUGGAGGGAGUUGAAAGUCCGUGUUGCCCAGCGACAGCCCCAAAACAUCACUGCUCUAGAGGAGAUCUGCAUGGAGGAAUGGGCCAAAAUACCAGCAACAGUGUGUGAAAACCUUGUGAAGACUUACAGAAAACGUUUGACCUGUGUCAUUGCCAACAAAGGGUAUAUAACAAAGUAUUGAGAAACUUUUGUUAUUGACCAAAUACUUAUUUUCCACCAUAAUAUGCAAAUAAAUUCAUUAAAAAUCCUACAAUGUGAUUUUCUGGAGAAAAAAAAUCUCAUUUUGUCUGUCGUAGUUGACGUGUACCUAUGAUGAAAAUUACAGGCCUCUCUCAUCUUUUUAAGUGGGAGAACUUGCACAAUUGGUGGCUGACUAAAUACUUUUUUUCCCCACUGUAUGUUCGCUAGCGAAACAGAAUGUAAGCUUGCGAGAUCAGGAUGGUUCGUAUGAGGCCAACAUCUAGUGCCCUAAAGCUCCAAAGUGCUCAAAAGCGAAUGACAGUCAGUGGCAGUGCAGUGAAUCAAGAAGGAAUCAACAUGGGCUAGGUGUUGUUUAGAAAUAUAUGGGAUUCAGGGACAAGACAUCUUGUUAGUAUGCAAGAAGGUGGCAUACUUUAGGUUUAGGUUAUGCAUUGUGUCCUUAAAGUUGGGCUGGGCAUUAUACAGUGAGGGAAAAAAGUAUUUGAUCCCCUGCUGAUUUUGUACGUUUGCCCACUGACAAAGAAAUGAUCAGUCUAUAAUUUUAAUGGUAGGUUUAUUUGAACAGUGAGAGACAGAAUAACAACAACAAAAUCCAGAAAAAUGCAUGUAAAAAAUGUUUAUAAAUUGAUUUGCAUUUUAAUGAGGGAAAUAAGUAUUUGACCCCCUCUCAAUCAGAAAGAUUUCUGGCUCCCAGGUGUCUUUUAUACAGGUAUUUAUACACUCUUAAAGGGAGUGCUCCUAAUCUCAGCUUGUUACCGGUAUAAAAGACACCUGUCCACAGAAGCAAUCAAUCAAUCCGAUUCCAAACUCUCCACCAUGGCCAAGACCAAAGAGCUCUCCAAGGAUGUCAGGGACAAGAUUGUAGACCUACACAAGGCUGGAAUGGGCUACAUGACCAUCGCCAAGCAGCUUGGUGAGAAGGUGACAACAGUUAGUGCGAUUAUUCGCAAAUGGAAGAAACACAAAACAACUGUCAAUCUCCCUCGGCCUGGGGCUCCAUGCAAGAUCUCAUCUCGUGGAGUUGCAAUGAUCAUGAGAACGGUGAGGAAUCAGCCCAGAACUACACGGGAGGAUCUUGUCAAUGAUCUCAAGGCAGCUGGGACCAUAGUCACCAAGAAAACUAUUGGUAACACACUACGCCGUGAAGGACUGAAAUCCUGCAGCGCCCGCUGCUCUAGAAAGCACAUAUACAUGCCCGUCUGAAGUUUGCCAAUGAACAUCUGAAUGAUUCAGAGGAGAACUGGGUGAAAGUGCUGUGGUCAGAUGAGACCAAAAUGGAGCUCUUUGGCAUCAACUCAACUCGCCGUGUUUGGAGGAGGAGGAAUGCUGCCUAUGACCGCAAGAACACCAUCCCGACCGUCAAACAUGGAGGUGGAAACAUUAUGCUUUGGGGUUGUUUUUUUGCUAAGGGGACAGGACAACUUCACCGCAUCAAAGGGACGAUGGACCGGGCCAUGUACCGUCAAAUCUUGGGUGAGAACCUCUUUCCCUCAGCCAGGGCAUUGAAAAUGGGUCGUGGAUGGGUAUUCCAUCAUGACAAUGACCCAAAACACACGGCCAAGACAACAAAGGAGUGGCUAAAGAAGAAGCACAUUAAGGUCCUGGAGUGGCCUAGCCAGUCUCCAGACCUUAAUCCCAUAGAAAAUCUGUGGAGGGAGCUGAAGGUUCGAGUUGCCAAACGUCAGCCUCAAAACCUUAAUGACUUGGAGAAGAUCUGCAAAGAGGAGUGGGACAAAAUCCCUCCUGAGAUGUGUGCAAACCUGGUUGCCAACUACAAGAAACGUCUGACCUCUGUGAUUGCCAACAAGGGUUUUGCCACCAAGUACUAAGUCAUGUUUUGCAGAGGGGUCAAAUACUUAUCUCCCUCAUUAAAAUGCAAAUCAAUUUAUAACAUUUUUGACAUGCGUUUUUCUGGAUUUUUUUGUUGUUAUUCUGUCUCUCACUGUUCAAAUAAACCUACCUUUAAAAUUAUAGACUGAUCAUGUCUUUGUCAGUGGGCAAACAUACAAAAUCAGCAGGGGAUCAAAUACUUAUUUCCCUCACUGUAUAUUGUAUUCAGGGUGGCUGCGAAUGUGAUGCGUAUUUCAUUAGAUUGCAGCAUUCCAUGAUUUCAACAUUCUUUGAAGAGUAAAGAGAAGCGUAAACAGGAGAGGGUGGGUAUGCUGCCGAAGUAUGGCUCAUUGCAUGUCUCUUUCGCUGAAUCACUGCUCUGAUGCUGCAUGGCGCUGACUUUGUCCUCUCCUCUGACCGUCGUCCCUGGCAUUUGGCAGCCAGCUUACCCACCGGUGAGUAAUCAGAGGCUGGUUCUCUCUCUUCCUCUCUCUCCGUCCCUCCGCAUCAUGCAUGUGGUUUAGGGGAAACACAGCUGUGAGAUCAGCUCUAUGUAUACUGCUGACGCCAGAGAGGGAAGUGGUAGGAUGCCCUAACAUAAAGAGACAGUCACAGCAUGCAAAGGGAUAGACAGAGGCAGUCUGAGCAGAGGGACAUGAAAAGAAGGACUGAGGGAGGAUAUGAGAGGGCAGAUACCAAGUGGUCAGAUGAAAGGGGGUGACACUACACACAGAGAGGAGCAAAGCCAGCCCACCAGUUAGAGCAGGUCCCUGACAUAUGUUUCUGACAGGACUUAAACCUGUUACUACAACCGAGAGAAACACAGUAGAGAGAUGGAGCGGGAGAUAGAGGAAGAGAGACUCUGUGUGCUAGAAUAAAGAGGGGGAAGGUGGAGGGGGGGAUAAACUGUGCGUUUAAGAGGGAGAGGGAGCAUGGAGUGAGUGAGUCACGACACCAGAGAGAGAGAGGGAGGAAUAGAGAGAGUGUGUCUCAGUCUCAACCGGUAAGCCGGUCGUCCUCCUGAAUGACUGUGGCGCAGACAGACAGCCUUCCUCCUGCAGAGGCCUCCCUUGAUGGUGAAUGAGUCUCCAGGAACCUACUGCGUUGCUGUUUUCUCAGAGGGCACAGAGAACACUGUCAGUGAGCCAGCAAAGGGCCAUCGAAACAAUCAAACAAAUGGAACAGGAGCAACAAAGAGCAUCUAAUGGGGCAGAAGGAUCAACUGCACCUGCUGCCUCUUUCUAUUCUCUGUCAAGGACCGGGGAUUGAAUGAAAGCCUCUUGAUAGAGGUUCAUUGUUUGUUUGUGAGCUAGUAAGAUGGAGCCUGUUGGUGUAUCAUAUGACAGAGAGAGUGAUGUCUGGACCCCUCACCAGGACUGACGCAUCAAUGUACAAGAUAACUUUUGGUGUUUUCUGAGUUUGUUCCAUUCUCUCUAAUAUCUUCUGGGGAAAAGGAGUAUUUACAUUUACAUUUUAGUCAUUUAGCAAACGCUCUUAUCCAGAGCGACUUACAGUUAGUGAGUACAUACAUUUUUCAUACUGGCCCCCUGUGGGGUCAAGGACAUGGCGAGGACAGCACAAGAACAACGUCUAACUUCAAGAGGACUUUAAUCAAGUUCACCCACUUUUCAGCACAAGGGUCCUUUGUUACUUCUUCAUAGUCACCAGCUUUGUUGUCACGACCUUUCAUGAAUCACGGAAAGCAACAUUGUAGUGAAGUCAAGCUCCCACCUGUGAGGUAAGCGGCGGAGACACUAGCUUGUGGUGCUUACUGGCGAAAGAACAUAGUACUUGUCUGUGGAUCCCAGGCUGUGUCACUGUCCACCCCCAGCCCUUUAUCCCUACCCAGUCAAGCGUUUGAGGAAUGGGGUAAGUGGAUACAAUCAUGGUGGUGACACGGCUGGAACUGGAGCUGUGCUACCAGGGGAAGAAGUUGCGUGGCUUCACCUGUAAGCUGACCCGCUCUGCCCAUGGCUUCCUGCCUGAGAGCUCCUGGCAGAUUGCAGCCCAGGUGCUGCUGCCAUACCUGGUGGCUGGACUGGGAAUGGUCUCCGCUGGCAUCAUCAUGGAUAUUGUACAAGUAUGGAUCUAUGUGAUGGGCUACCUGUCUCCUCCUACUUCUGUGUAUUUAUAACCAUCUGUGAUCACGUGUGUGUGUGUGUGUGUGUGUGUGUGUGUGUGUGUGUAUAUAUAACUUAUUAUAGGCCUCUUUUAUGUAGAUUGAUAGGAUUCAAAAUGGUCAGGUCAUUAAAGGCCAACAGGGACGGACCACUUACAGCGCUGUCUUAGAACAUCUGAGAGAAUUGUUUUGAGAAUGGUUUCGCUCCUGUUGUAACCCCUCUGGAUAUUAGUAAUGCAUUUUAGUCACAGGGGCACUGGAAAGAUGGACAAUGACUUGAAACACAGGACUCAUCAUGCCUAAGAUUUUCUCAGAAGCUUAUCAGUUUGUUUCAUGAAAUUUCCUCUAAUAUCCUCUCUAUUUUGGAUGCCCAUUUUCAACUCUUUCUCCUCCUUCCAUUGCCAUACAAAUCCGAUUUGGAGGUGGGAAAGGUCUGGGGAGGCUUUAAUUGAAUAGAGAGAGCGAGUGGGCAGUUGGCUGACAUAGGGAGGAUUGAUGAAUCAGACUGGUAAUGAGAGAGACAGAGGUUUGCAUCCCAAAUGGCACCCUAUUCCCUAUGUAGUGCACUAAAAAAGGGAUAGGGUGCUAUCUGAGCUGGAGCUAGGGCUCUGGACCGCCCACCAGCGGAGGCAGAAGGAACUGGGACACUUCCCAAGAUAGGGCCCGAAUGUGACAGCCUUCCAUCGACAUUCGAGAAGAAAUUGAGAGCGGCAUAUAAAAUAACUUACCCCACCCCCAUCCUGGCAAAGCUGACUUAUCUGUUCAUUUAUACUUUCCUCUAUUUUUAGAUCUGCAGUGGGAGGUUUGUAGACACGUUGUCAAGAGGAACUCUCAUUCACUCAAUUUAACUAUUUUAAUGUUCUGUCUGACAAAGUCUAUCUGACAAAAUAGAUGCCAAUAUAUAACUGAGAUUAAACUCGAGUAAUAUUUAAUUUUGAAGAUCACAGUUUACAAAGAAAGGAAGGACUGCUGGUGUUGGAUGAUUAUUUUAGCAUUGGGAUGAUGGUGGUAUUUGAGGACAAUAUAAGUGUUUAUCCCUGUCGGGGUCCGGCUGAAAGGACACAGUUGAUAAUGAUGUCUGUGUCUGUGUGUUUCAGCACUGGGAGGUGUUUAAGAUCAUCACAGAGAUCUUCAUCCUGGUUCCAGCUCUGGUGGGGCUGAAGGGCAACCUGGAGAUGACCCUGGCUGCUCGCCUCUCCACCGCAGUGAGUCCACAUCUUCAGCAUCCUAAUAUAAAUAGAAUAAUAUAUACCAUUUAGAAUACGCUUUAAUCCUAACAGUCAUACUUGCAUACAUUUUACGUACGGGUGGUCCGGGGAAUCAAACCCAGUAUCCUGGCGUUCCAAGCACCAUGCUGUACCAGCUACUGAGCUACAGAGGACCGCAUCCUAUUGUAUAAAGUACGUAGUAUUAGCCAAAGUAGGACGGCAAAGUAGCCUGGUCUCUUCAUGCUCUCUUGCUAACUCCUAGGGGCUAGUGUGAAAGUGUAAAUAAAUACACAUUUCCCCACAAAUAAUCACACAGAAAGCUCUUGUUGAAAAGCCAAAGUUUGAUGUUGGCGUAUGUUGUACUGAUGAUGAGCUCUUUUGUUUAGGCUAACACUGGACAGAUGGAUGACCCCAAGCAUCAGUGGACGAUGGUGUGCAGCAACCUGGCUCUCAUUCAGGUAUUCUCCAAUAUUCCAUGACAUGGUAUCAUUAUAGUAAAGAAUUAUUGAAUUAUUUCUGUAUGCUUUGAUAUUGAUUUAUUGGGAGACAGGCAGACAGGAAGAUGGACAUUCAUAAGUCUUCCACGGCACAACUUGGCCUUUUAUCUCCAAGCCUGAAAGACAUAUAGCAGCACUGUAACUGUAGCCCGAGGCUAACUUGACCUCGAGAAUGGGAUCACCGUAAAAGCAGCUGUGUUAGACUCGUCCAAGUUUAGGAAGAGCUCAAGAUAGCCCUUGGUCACACAUUAUCCAAGGCAUAAUCAUGUAGGUAUGGUAAGCCCAUAAGGGACAGUAAAUGUGAUGGAUGAACCCAGGGGAUGUGAAAAUCAAUUCUAUCCACAGGUUCAGGCCACGGUGGUGGGCUUCCUGGCUGCAGUGGCAGCCAUAACACUGGGGGCCAUGUCUAGAGGUGGGGUGGAGCUGGACCAAGCUGCUGUGCUCUGUGCCAGCAGCAUCAUCACUGCAUUCGUUGCAGCACUGUCUCUAGGUGAGUUCACCCUCAGGGUGUCUUUAUUGGAUUGAGAUUCCAAGUGUCUUGAUAGUAGUAUCUGUUAACAGUUAUGCUCACAGUCACCCCCUCUCUCUCCCUUCUCCAUCCCUCGCUCUGCCUCCCUCCCCCUCUCUCCUUCCUUUCCUCCCUCCCCCUCUCUCUCUCCCCCUCCCUCCCUCCAUAGGGCUCGUGAUGAUCGGGGUGAUCAUUGGCGCCAGGAAAGUGGGCAUCAACCCAGACAAUGUGGCCACGCCCAUCGCUGCCAGUCUGGGAGAUCUGAUUACACUGUCCCUGCUGGCUGGAGUCAGUACUACACUCUACCAGUACCGAGGUAUGGCUUUAUUAUAAUGGAUGAAGGGCUUAAUCAACUUUGAAUUAGAACGCAGUAAUUAAACUAUUAAUAGAGUCAGUAGAGUGCAUGUAUCUGGGUAAAUAACUAUUUAAGCAAAUUAAGACCUUCUCCACAUUGUGGUCAGAAGUUACAGUGAACAAAAAUAUAAAGGCAACAUGUAAAGUGUUGGUCGAAUGUUUCAUGAGCUGAAAUAAAAGAUCCCAGACAUUUUUCAUAUGCACAAAAAGCUUAUUUUUCAAAAAGAAUUUCAUUCUUGUUUACAUCCCUGUUAGUGAGCAUUUCUCCUUUGCCAAGAUAACCCAUCCACCUGACAGGUGUGGCAUAUCAAGAAGCUGAUUAAACAGCAUAAUCAUUACACAAUUGCACCUUGUGCUGGGGACAAUAAAAGGCCACUCUAAAAUGUGCAGCGUGCAAUUGGCAUUCUGACUGCAGGAAUGUCCACCAGAGCAGUUUGUAUUUGUAUUUGUAUUUAUUAUGGUUCCCCAUUAGCUGCUGCAAAGGCAGCAGCUACUCUUCCUGUAGUCCAGCAGAAAUUAAGGCAGUAAUAUGCACUACCAGUCAAAGAUUUGGACACACCUACUCAUUCAAGGGUUUUUCUUUAUUUUUACAAUUUUUUACAUUGUAGAAUAAUAGUGAAGACAUCUAAACUAUGAAAUAACACAUAUGGAAUCAUGUAGUAACUAAAAAAGUGUUAAACAAAUCAAUAUAUAUUUUAUAUUUGAGAUUAUUCAAAUAGCCUCCCUUUGCCUUGAUGACAGCUUUACACACUCUUGGCAUUCUCUCAACCAGCUUCAUGAGGUAGUCACCUGGAAUGCAUUUCAAUUAACAGGUGUGCCUUCUUAGAAGUUUAUUUGUAGAAUUUCAGAGUAUGCAAAGCUGUCAUCAAGGCAAAGGGUGGCUAUUUGAAGAAUCUCAAAUAUAAAAUAUAUUUUGAUUUGUUUAACCCUUUUUUGGUUACUACAUGAUUCCAUAUGUGUUAUUUCAUAGUUGUGAUGUCUUCACUAUUAUUCUACAGUGUAAAACAUAGUAAAAAUAAAGAAAAACCCUUGAAUGAGUAGGUGUGUCCACAUUUUUUGACUGGUAUUGUACAUUAUAAUAACAAAAAUCAACAUUAAAAUACAUUUUUACAACAGAUUUCACAAUACAUUAAGUGUGUGGCCUCCGGCCACUACUCUACUACAACACACAAUCCAGGUGUACGUGUGUGUAUAGUGUGUAUGUUAUGUGUGUUUGUAUGUAUGUGUUUGUACCUGUGUGUGUGACUCUUCACAGUCCUCGCUGUUCCAUAAGGUGUAUUUUUAUCAGUUUUUUAAAUCAGAUUUUACUGCUUGCUUGAGUUACUUGAUGUGGAAUAGAGUUCCAUGUAGCCAUGGCUCUAUGUAGUACUGUGCGCAUCCCAUAGUCUGUUCUGGACUUGGGGACUGUGAAGAGACCUCUGGUGGCAUGUCUUGUGGGGUAUGCAUGGGGGUCCGAGCUGUGUGCUAGUAGUUUAAACAGACAGCUCGGUGCAUUCAACAUGUCAAUACUUCUUACAAAAACAAGUAGUGAUGAAGUCAAUCUCUCCUCUACUUUGAGCCAUGAGAGAUUGAUGUUAGCUCUACGUGUACAAGGGCCAGCCUUGCUGCCCUGUUUUGGGCCAGUUGUAAUUUUCCCAAGUCCCUCUUUGUGGCACCUGACCACAAGACUGGGCAGUAGUCCAGGUGCGACAAAACUAGGGCCUGUGGGACUUGCCUUGUUGACAUUGUUGUUAAGAAGGCAGAGCAACGCUUUAUUAUGGACAGACCUCUCACCAUUUUAGCUACUGUUGCAUCAAUAUGUUUUGACCAUAACAGUUUACAAUGCAGGGUUACUCCAAGCAGUUUAGUCUCCUCAACUUGCUCAAUUUCCCCAUUAUUCAUUACAAUAUUUAGUUGAGGUUUAGUGAAUGAUUUGUCCCAAAUACAAUGCUAGGACUAACUGAUUUCUUGCCACCCAUUCUGAAACGGACUGCAGCUCUUUGUUAAGUGUUGCAGUGAUUUUACUCGCUGUAGUGCUGACGUGUAUAGUGUUGCGUCAUCCGCAUACAUAGACACACAGGCUUCACUCAGACCCAGUGGCAGGUCAUUAAUAAAGAUUGAAAAAAGUAAGGGGCCUAGACAGCUUCCCUAGGGAAUUUCUGAUUCCACCUGGAUUAUGUUGAAGAGGCUACCAUUAAAGAACACCUUCUGUGUUCUGUUAGACAGGUAACUCACAAUCCACAAUAUAGCAGGGGGUGUAAAGCCAUAACAUAUACGUUUUUCCAGCAGCAUACUAUGAUCGAUAAUGUCAAAAGCCGCACUGAAGUCUAACAAAACAGCUCCCACAAUCUUUUUAUUAUACAUUUCUCUCAGACAAUCAUCCGUCAUUUGUGUAAGUGCUGUGCAUGUUGAAUGCCCUUCCCUAUACGCGUACUGAAAGUCUGUUGUUAAUUUAUUUACUGUAAAAUAGCAUUGUAUCUGGUCAAACACAAUAUUUUCCAAAAUGUUACUAAGGGUUGGUAACAGGCUGAUUGGUUGGCUAUUUAAGCCUGUAAAGAGUGCCUUAUUCUUGGGUAGCGGAAUUACUUUUGCUUCCCUCCAGGCCUGAGGGCACACACUUGUUUGUAAGCUUAGAUUGAAGAGAUGGCAAAUAGGAGUGGCAAUAUCGUCUGCUAUCAUCCUCAGUAAUUUUCCAUUCAAGUUGUCAGACCCAGGUGGCUUGUCAUUGUACACUCACUUUAUAGAAUUCAAAAUUACAAUGCUUGUCUUUCAUAAUUUGGUCAGUUAUACUUGGAUGUGCAGGUUCGGCAUUUGUUGCUGGCAUGUCAUGCCGAAGUUUGCUAAUCUUGCCAGUGAAAUAAUUAGUAAAGUAGUUGGCCGUAUCAGAGGGUUUUGUGAUGAAUGAGCCAUCUGAUUCAGUGAAUGAUGGAGCUGAGUUUGCAUUUUUGGCCCAAAAUUUUAUUUAAGGUGCUCCAAAGCUUUUUACUAUCCUUCUUUAUAUAAUUUAUCUUUGUUUCAUAGUAUAGUUUCUUCUUCUUUUUUGUUCUGUCUAGUCACAUGAUUUCUCAAUUUGCAGUAGGUUUGCCAAUCAGUUAUGCAGCCAGACUUAUUUGCCAUUCCUUUGGCCUCAUCCCUCUCAACCAUAACAUUUUUCAAUUCCUCAUCAAUCCAUGGAGAUUUAACCGUUUUUACAGUCAUUUUCUUAAUGGGUGCAUGCUUAUUAGUAACUGGAGUGCUCCUCAUUACACACUACAGACCAGCACAUGUUCUUUACAUCAUCAACUUAGGAAUCACUACAAAACCUCUUGUAGGACCUCUUAUAUACAAUAUUAGGUCCAGCCUUUGGAACUUUGGUUUUCCUAGAUAUGGCUACCAUAUUGUGAUCACUACAGCCGAUGGAUUUGGAUACUUCCUUACAGCAGAUUUCUGCAGCAUUAGUAAAGACAUGAUCAAUACAUGUGGAUUUCAUUCCUGUGCUGUUUGUAAAUACCCUAGUAGGUUGACUGAUAACCUGAACCAGGUCGCAGGCACUGGUUACAGUUUGAAGCUUUUUCUUGAGUGGGCAGCUUAAUGAAAGCCAGUCAAUAUUUAGGUCACCCAGAAAAUAUACCUUUCUGUUGAUAUCCCAUACAUUAUCAAGCAUUUCACACAUAUUAUCCAAAUACUGACUGUUAGCACUUGGUGGUCUUUAGCAGCUUCCUACAAUAAUUGGCUUUAGGUGAGGUAGAUGAGCCUGUUGCCAUAUUACUUCAACAGUAUUUGAAAUGAGAUCCUUUCUAAGCUUUACUGGAAUGUGGCUCUGAAUAUAGACCGCAACACCACCCCCGUUGGCAUUUCUGUCUUUUCUGUAGAUGUUAUAACCAUGUAUUGCUACCACUAUAUAUCAUCAAAGGUAUUAUCUAAGUGAGUUUCAGAGAUAGUCAGUAUAUGAAUGUAAUCUGUUACUGUCGAUUUCAUAAACCUUGUUUCUUAGGCUACAUAUGUUAAUGUGGGCUAUUUUUAGCACUUUUCUGGGAUGCUUGAUUGUUUUGAUUGUUUUACUGAGCGGCUUAUCAGAAAUAGACAUGACCGUGAUACAGUGAGGAAAAAAAGUAUUUAGUCAGCCACCAAUUGUGCAAGUUCUCCCACUUAAAAAGAUGAGAGAGGCCUGUAAUUUUCAUCAUAGGUACACGUCAACUAUGACAGACAAAUUGAGAAAAAAAAUCCAGAAAAUCACAUUGUAGGAUUUUUUAUGAAUUUAUUUGCAAAUGAUGGUGGAAAAUAAGUAUUUGGUCAAUAACAAAAGUUUCUCAAUACUUUGUUAUAUACCCUUUGUUGGCAAUGACACAGGUCAAACGUUUUCUGUAAGUCUUCACAAGGUUUUCACACACUGUUGCUGGUAUUUUGGCCCAUUCCUCCAUGCAGAUCUCCUCUAGAGCAAUGAUGUUUUGGGGCUGUCGCUGGGCAACACGGACUUUCAACUCCCUCCAAAGAUUUUCUAUGGGGUUGAGAUCUGGAGACUGGCUAGGCCACUCCAGGACCUUGAAAUGCUUCUUACGAAGCCACUCCUUCGUUGCCCGGGCGGUGUGUUUGGGAUCAUUGUCAUGCUGAAAGACCCAGCCACGUUUCAUCUUGGUCCCAGCUCUCUGCAGGUCAUUCACUAGGUCCCCCCGUGUGGUUCUGGGAUUUUUGCUCACCGUUCUUGUGAUCAUUUUGACCCCACGGGGUGAGAUCUUGCGUGGAGCCCCAGAUCGAGGGAGAUUAUCAGUGGUCUUGUAUGUCUUCCAUUUCCUAAUAAUUGCUCCCACAGUUGAUUUCUUCAAACCAAGCUGCUUACCUAUUGCAGAUUCAGUCUUCCCAGCCUGGUGCAGGUCUACAAUUUUGUUUCUGGUGUCCUUUGACAGCUCUUUGGUCUUGGCCAUAGUGGAGUUUGGAGUGUGACUGUUUGAGGUUGUGGACAGGUGUAUUUUAUACUGAUAACAAGUUCAAACAGGUGUCAUUAAUACAGGUAACGAGUGGAGGACAGAGGAGCCUCUUAAAGAAGAAGUUACAGGUCUGUGAGAGCCAGAAAUCUUGCUUGUUUUUAGGUGACCAAAUACUUAUUUUCCACCAUAAUUUACAAAUAAAUUCAUUAAAAAUCCUACAAUGUGAUUUUCUGGAUUUUUUUUGCCUCAAUUUGUCUGGCAUAGUUGACGUGUACCUAUGAUGAAAAUUACAGGCCUCUCUCAUCUUUUUAAGUGGGAGAACUUGCACAAUUGGUGGCUGACUAAAUACUUUUUUUCCCCACUGUAUUUAUGUUUGAGCUGAUAGUGCAGAAUUAGCUGCACACAGCAAACUUCCUAUUAGGGCACACCGCCUCAGUGCUAACAGUAUCACUCUGGUUCAUAGACACAUUAUUACUGCAUACAAUCGCUAUUGGAUCGACAGAGGAAUUCAGGGGACUUAGAGGGACAUAAAUUAGGUUACUUGCAUUAUGACUUCCAACACUCCUGGGACAAUGUACAUUUGCUGCAGCACUACGACAACUCAGUGACACAAUGGUAGGGAUUAUCUGAGCAGGGCUUGGGUCGUUGAUAAGUCAUUGUCUCAACGCAGCCUUGAAAUGCGUGGACAGAGUUCAGGAGCCAAGAUGAUUUGGAUGGACUCUGUCAUUCCUGUAGAGCAUCUUUUGUUUCCAGAAGGUGUCAAAGUUUAUUUUUAUUUUAUUUAACCAGGUAAGCCAGUUGAGAACAAGUUCUCAUUUACAACUGCGACCUGGCCAAGAUAAAGUUAUCGAUAAAAGUUAUCCCAACAGAGCUACAGUAAUCUUUUAGCCAGAUGUGUAAUGCCAGUAGCCUGCUGAAUCUCUCACAGACGCGGCCCAACGAUGGUACCGGGCCAGAAAUAAUUGGCUGCUGCGGGAUUGUCUGAUACCAGAUACCCGGACAGCUGAAGAAACUGUGGGUUUGCACAACCGAAGAAUUUCUGCACAAACUGUCAGAAACCGUCUCAGGGAAGCUCAUCUACGUGCUCGUCGUCCUCACCAGGGUCUUGACCUGACUGCAGUUCGGCGUCAUAACCGACUUCAGAGGGCAAAUGCUCACCUUCGAUGGCCACUGGCAUGCUGGAGAAGUGUGCUCUUCACAGAUGAAUCCCGGUUUCAACUGUUCCGGGCAGAUGGCAGACAGCGUGUAUGGCAGGGUGUGGGCGAGUAGUUUGCUGAUGUCAACGUUGGGAACAGAGUGCCCCAUGGUGGCGGUGGGGUUAUGGUAUGGGCAGGUAUAAGCUACGGACAACAAACACAAUUGCAUUUUAUCGAUUGCAAUUUGAAUGCACAGAGAUAGCGUAACGAGAUCCUGAAGCCCAUUGUCGUGCCAUUCAUCCACCGCCAUCACCUAAAAAAUGGCAUAUUAUUAUUAUUAUUAUUAUUAUUAUGUUUCAGUAUGAUAAUGUACGGCCCCAUGUCGCAAGGAUCUGUACACAAUUCCUGGAAGCUGAAAAUGUCCCAGUUCUUCCAUGGCCUGCAUACUCACCAGACAUGUCACCCAUUGAGCCUGUUUGGGACGCUCUGGAUCGACGUGUACAACAGCGUGUUCCAGUUCCCGCCAAUAUCCAGCAACUUCACACAACCAUUGAAGAUGAGUGGGACAACAUUCCACAGGCCACAAUCAACAGCCUGAUCAACUCUAUGUGAAGGAGAUGUGUCGCGCUACAUGAGGCAAAUGACUGGUUUUCUGAUCCACGCCCCUACUUUUUUAGGUAUCUGUGACCAACAGAUGCAUAUAUGUAUUCACAGUCAUGUGAAAUCCAUAGAUUAGGGCCUAAUGAUUUUAUUUAAAUUGACUGAUUUCCUUAUAUGAACUGUAACUCAGUAAAAUCGUUUACAUUGUAGCAUGUUGCGUUUAUAUUUUUGUUCCGUGUAAGUUCCCACUCAUCUGUUGCCUGUGGUCAGCACCGACUGUACAGUUAGCUAAUUUUACAAAGCCCAAUUUAAACAUGCAGAAGUAAAAUGGUUUUAAUGUUGAAUUAUCAAACAAUCUUUAAGCAAUUUUGGAGGUGCUCCUAUGUCAGAUGAAUUGUGUUCUAUUUGUGUGGGAGAGGGGUAACAGUGCAUUGUGGACACUAUUCUAAGCUGUGUUUUCUCUGUUGUGUAGACGUCUGGUACCUGUCUCCCCUGUUGUGUGUGUUCUUCCUGGCUCUGAUCCCUCUGUGGGUGGUGGUGGCCCGGAAGAGCCCUCAAAUCAAGGAGGUCCUCGUCUCUGGCUGGCAGCCUGUCAUCAUAGCCAUGUCUAUCAGCAGGUACGACACACAGGACACCUUAUCAUUCUUAUCAUAUGGUCCUGUAUGGCUCAGUUGGUAGAACUUGCAACGCCAAGAUAGUGGGUUCGAUUCCCGGGCCCAUCCAUACGUAAAAUGUAUGCACGCACAACUGUAAGUCGCUUUGGAUAAAAAAACUUGUAUUAUUAUUAUUAUAAUAUUAUUAUUAUUCAAUACAUGUAUCUAAUCAGUAGAUGCUUGACUGAUGUUUUUCAUUAUGACCUUUUUCAGUUUUGGGGGACUCAUAUUGGACAAGACUGUUAGCGACCCUAACUUUGAGGGGAUGGCUGUCUUUACACCCGUCAUAAAUGGUGAGUGGACUCAUCUUGGUUAAAUUAAACUAGAAAAUGGUCUCUGAACACAUUAUACAAGGAUGGAAAUGGGUGAGUUGAGUUAUUAACUCUACCAUGAGAUAUGCAUGACUCUCUUCGCCUGAGUGAGAAUGAGAUGUGAAGACAAUACUGGUGAGACAGCAUUCGGCGGCCCCAUUCUGUGAGCUUGUGUGGCCUACCACUUGGCGGCUGAGCCGUUGUUGCUCCCAGACGUUUCCACUAAACAAUAACAGCACUUACAGUUUACUGGGGCAAAUCUAGCAGGGCAGGAAUUUGACAAACUGACUUUUUGAAAAGGUGGCAUCCUAUGACAGUGCCACGUUGAAAGUCACUGAGAUCUUCAGUAAGGCCAUUCUACUGCCAAUGUUUGUCUAUGGAGAUUGCAUGGCUGUGUGCUGGAUUCUAUACACCUGUCAACAACGGGUGUGGCUGAAAUAGCCGAAUCCACUAAUUUGAAGGGGUGUCCACAUACUUUUGGUGAUGUAGUGUAUCUUUUCAAGGAAAUUAACUUAAAUAUGAUUAGGCUAUAUAGUUUACAGUGUCGGUAAAUUCAUAUUGAUAAUGGAAAGAAGUGGCGGGCACUCAACCAACAAGAGUCGAGGUGCAAUCAAAAAAUUUGAUAGUUGAAAAGAAUGAGCGAGCGUUGCUGCUGCUUUUCCUUUUCAAUAAAUAUGGAUUACCCAUUUCUUUGUCUCUGCCUGCAAAUCGUCCCGCUCCUAAAAGGUAGGCUAAAUCCUAUAUGCAAAAGGUAGCUCGUGAGAAAGUGCAAGUGUCUGCUCUCAUCAUUCUUGCUGCUUCAAGUUCAGUAACCAUAUCCUCUCCUAAUUGAGCGUGCGAUAUCAGGUGUGCUUGUGAUCUCAAUUAAAUAGAGUACUAGGCUUUAUCCUAUGCAGAAGCACAGGCAGAUAUCUUUCCAAGGAAAUUAACUUCCUAAAUAUGAUUAGGCUAUAGUUUACUACAUUGCCUAGAAAUAAAUAUUGAUAACACAUAUUUGUGUCCGUCUGAGAGUUCUCCCUCUCCUGAAAGGUAGGCUAUUAGGCCUAUGCUAAACGUAGCUCAAGAGAAAGUGCAAGUGUCCGCUCUCUCUCCAACUCUGCAUUCUUCAAACUACGUCUAGCAUAUUGGCUGAUAUAGCCCAGUAAUACCGAUAGCCUAAUAUAAUGGGCUACGUGAAAAUCUCGGGUAAUUUAACCUAGCCUAUUUCUUAGGUUAUUUUAGCGCAUUUUGAUAUUACCUAUAGUAUAGGGCGCACACUUGCUGGAACCAUGGCUGUCAAGCGAGCUGUGUCACAUAUGGCCUAAAAUAACAUUGCAGGACUGUGGUUGGGUUGGAGACCAGGGAGCGGGGUGGGAGUCAGACAAAAAGCCAGCGGGAGCGGGCAGGUGCGGUAUGAAAAGCUGAGGGCGCAGGAUGAAGACAUCAGUCCCGUGCAGACCUCUACAAUCAGGGAUCUAUCAAUGUGGAAUUGAUCAAUCAAAUAAGAAAUGAAAUAAAUCAACAAUUCCUAAGAGUAUAUCCUUAUGAAGUCAAAAGCAUGUGGUGGACAACAUAUGUGUUUUACAUAUAGAGAGUCAUGUUUCAUAUUUCAAUGGAAAAGCAUGUGACUAUAUAAUAGGAGACUUGUGUGGUUGAUAUUCUUUCCAUGCUUGGUGGUUCCCCUCAGGUGUUGGAGGGAACUUGGUGGCCAUCCAGGCCAGUCGGCUCUCAACCUACCUUCACUUCUGGAGCAUGCCUGGAGUCUUGCCCUAUAAGAUGAGACAGCACUGGCCCAGCCCCUUCACUACCUUCUUCACCUCAGGAAAGGCUCCUCCACUCUGUCUUUCUAUAGAGGGUCAUGGAUUGCAUGUAUAUAUGUCUGUGGGGAACAAAACAGGGAGAAUAUAUGCCAGUGACAUCCUCUCUGUUUGUGAUUUAUCAAAUAUGAACUUUACUCUUUGGAACCACUCUCUUGCCAUUCUUGUUAUAUUUGUCCUCUCUUCAUCAUAGUAUUUGUACAUACAGUGCAUUCGGAAAGUAUUCAGACCCCUUCGCUUUUUCCACAUUUUGUUAUGAUACAGCCUUAUUCUAAAAUGUAUACAAUAAUUUUUUCCCCUCAUCAAUCUACACACAAUACCCCAUAAUGACAAAGCGAAAACAGGUUUUUAGAAAUUUUUGCAAAUGUAUUACAAAUAAAAAACAGAAAUACAUUAUUUACAUAAGUAUUCAGACCCUUUGCUAUGAGACUCAAAAUUGAGCACAGGUGCAUCCUGUUUCCAUUGAUCAUUCAUGAGAUGUUUCUACAACUUGAUUAGAAUCCACCUGUGGUAGAUUCAAUUGAAUGGACAUGAUUUGGAAAGGCACACACCUGUCUAUAUAAGGUCCCACAGUUGACAGUGCAUGUCAGAGCAAAAACCAAUCCAUGAGGUCGAAGGAAUUGUCCAUAGAACUCUGAGACAGGAUUGUGUCGAGGCACAGAUCUGGGGAAGGGUACAAAAAUAUUUCUGCAGCAUUGAAGGUCCCCAAGAACACAGUGGCCUCCAUCAUUCUGAAAUGGAAGAAGUUUGGAACCACCAAGACACUUCCUAGAGCUUGCCGCCAGGCCAAAAUGAGCAAUCGGGGGAGAAGGACCUUGGUCAGGGAGGUGACCAAGAACCCGAUGGUGACUCUGACAGAGCUCUAGAGUUCCUCUGUGGAGAUGGAAGAACCUUCCAGAAGGACAACCAUCUCUGCGGCACUCCACCAAUCAGGCCUUUAUGGUACAGUGGUCAGACGGAAGCCACUCCUCAGUAAAAGGCACAUGACAGCCUGCUUGGAAUUUGCUAAAAGGCACCUAAAGGACUCUCAGACCAUGAGAAACAAGAUUCUAUGGUCUGAUGAAACCAAGAUUGAACUCUUUGGCCUGAAUACCAACCGUCACAUCUGGAGGAAACCUGGGACAUUCUCUACGGUGAAGCAUGGUGGUGGCAGCAUCAUGUUGUGGGGAUGUUUUUCAGUGGCAGGGACUGGGAGACUAGUCAGGAUAUAGGGAAAGAUGAACGGAGCAAUGUACAGAGAGAUCCUUGAUGAAAACCUGCUCCAGAGCACUCAGGACCUCAAAGGUCCACCUUCCAACAGGACAACGACCCUAAGCACACAGCCAAGACAACGCAGGAGUGGCUUCGGGACAAGUCUCUGAAUGUCCUUGAGUAGCCCAGCCAGAGCCCGGACUUGAACCCGAUUGAACAUCUCUGGAGAGACCUGUAAAUAGCUGUGCAGCCACGCUCCCCAUCCAACCUGACAGAGCUUGAGAGGAUCUGCAGAGAAACUCCCCAAAUACAGGGGUGCCAAACUUGUAGCGUCAUACCCAAGAAGACUUGAGGCUGUAAUCACUGCCAAAGGUGCUUCAAUAAAGUACUGAGUAAAGGGUCUGAAUACCUAUGUAAAUGUGAUAUUUCCGGUUUUUAUGUUUAAUACAUUUGUAAGAAUGUCUAAAAACCUGUGUUUGCUUUGUCAUUAUGGGAUAUUGUGUGUAGAUUGAUAAGAGAAAAACUAACAUUUAAUCCAUUUUAGAAUAAGGAUGUAAUGUAACAAAAUGUGGAAAAAGUCAAGGAGUCUGAAUAUUUUCCAAAGGCACUGUAUUUACCUUUCAGCCAGUGCUUCCACAGUAACUAACUAGAUAAGAAAGCUACCUACAGUAUUCAUUAGUUGCCUUUGUCUCUCCAGGUGUGAACUCCAAGUCAGCGAGGGUGUUGUUCCUACUGGUGGUGCCUGGUCACCUGGUGUUCCUCUAUACCAUCUCUCUGCUCCAAGGAGGCCACACUGCCCUCACUGUCACCUUCAUCGUCUGCUACCUGUGUGCCACCCUUCUCCAGGUACACCCUAUGCCCUCGCCUGCUACCCUCAGUCACUGGUCCACUGAUGGAGUUUGGUAAAGUCUCAUACAACGUUAUAAGGACUUUUCAUUAUAGAGUUAUUGACGUAUAAGGACUUAUGGAUUUCUCAUUCAAAUCUGAUGUGUGAUUGAUUGUCUGUCUGUAUGGGAUGUUCCUCCAGGUGGGCAUCCUCCUCUAUGUGGCUGACCUGAUAGUCCGUCUGAUGUGGAGGAGGAGUCUGGACCCAGAUAACUUUUCCAUCCCCUACCUGACAGCCCUGGGAGACCUGCUGGGGACCGGCUUCCUGGCUUUGGUCUUCCGCUCCGUCUCACUCAUGGAGGGGCUGGGACUCUGAAAGGGAGGGGGGUCAUCGGUCUCCUACAGGCCUCUCUGUGCUGUGCCUUCCCAGACCAGGGGUCUGUAUCAUCUCCUUGCCCUGCCUCUCCUCUGCCUUCACCACUGGAGGGGAGUUAGUUACUCUACUGGGCGUGGGGAUGGCUGUGUGACUGACUGACUGCAUUCACACUCACUCACUCAUUCACUCA